AUGAAAGAAGGAACGGGCGCCCUUUUUCGUAUAAAUUCUUGCUUUAUUCUGUCAAUUUAUGUUUGUGAUGUUACGAUAAUGCACUUACUAUAUCUAUCUAUCUAUCUAUCUAUCUAUCUAUCCAUUUCUCUCUCUCUCUCUCUCUCUCUCGAAUCAACAUAUCAAUGUGUUCGGAUAAAGAAAAUUACCAAAACAUUUUUCCGAAUGGAUGUCGGAACUCCGAACCAGAACGCAAAAGACGCCUGUCAACGCGGGCCAUUUGUUGGGGCAACAUCCUUCUUUCUCAUUCCUGCAAAUACCUCUCCCUCCCCAUGUCCAAUGCCCGGCACAUAUGCCUAUAAGGAUUACACUACAAACUGUGUUGGCAGCCUCAUUGUAGGAUGUCACAAUGAAAAUGAAGUGGAAAUACAAGCGUCCUGUCCUUCAAUGCAUAAAACAGUUGAAAUUGUGCAGUGUUUGUACUACUGGAAAGAAUUGCACAUGGUACACCUGAUCACACAAAAGCCGACCACAGGCACACGGACUACUGGAUAUUGCUUGACAUUUGCAGACAGCAUGGAUAUCAUGAACGUUUAUUCCAACCCCCUUUGCAGCUCUGAUUUGCUUCUGAUAAUGAAUAAGACUCUAAGCAUUCAGCUGACUAAACCAAAAGCGAAAUGCGUAAGACAGAAAGGGCCUGUAGCAUCAUCGGGCAAGCAACAUCAGAAAGGGGACCAUAUCAUCGCUGUACCAAACGGAGGUUCUAACGAACUGAUAAACGGGGCCGACUCAAAUUGGACCCGCGUCUUGUGGCAUCAAAUGCUACUGCCAAUCGUUACAUUUGCAAUGGCCGUGUGCUUGCAGUCGAGCCGGUGA